GACCGAUUCCCUUUUCCACUUGGUUUUGAAAAACACUCUUUUCCGUCUCUCUUACAAGAUCGAGCGCCAUGACCAAUCCAAUCACAGACACUCCCAACGAAACCCUAAACCCUAACACUUCCCAACAAUGCCCGGAAGAACAACCACCACUCACCGAUCCUCAAUCCGACGAAGCCCCUAAAAAUUCCCAAAUCCAAAACGUUCCCGAUUCCACAAACCCUAAUCAAGUUCUCAUGGACGAUCCGUCUCAUCCCCAAAUCGCCGACGACCCGGAGCCCGAACUACCUUCCCCUGCAACCUACACCGUUCGCCGUGGAGGUAAGCGGAAGAAAUUUCAGAAGCGAACCGCUGCACAGAAAAAGAAGUUCAAGGAGAAAUUUCAGGUUUUGAUCGAAACCCUAAAACCUAUUCCUUUUGCACCUUCUAAAGCUCUUGACUUUAAGAGUCAUAAGAGCCUUUUAGAGCGUCUGGGGCUUUGGAAUUUUGUUCACAUUCAGUUUGAUUCUGUUGUUCGCACCGAUAUCGUUGCUCAGCUUAUUGCUAGCUAUAACCCUACCAAUCGGUGUAGUUAUGUUAAUGAUGUUAAGGUCAUGGUGAACCGUGCUGAACUUGGUCGUGCUCUUAAGCUUCCUAAGCUUCCGAAGAAGAAUUCAGUUGCUGCUGCUCCUACCAUUGAUGUUGAUGAAGUUGGUAUGGGGGAUAUUGCUUUCCUUAAUGAAUUGGUGUCGAAUUGGAUGCUUUUGCAUGAUGAUACAUUUAUCAUGACGGAUGAUAUUGUGCAGCUGUUUAGUUUGAUCAAGGAAAGAAAUUUUGAGAAGGUUGAUUGGGCGGGACUGAUGUGGAGCAUGUUGGACAAGGAAUUGAAGUCCCCUAAACUGAUGGAGUGUUACUAUGCUUCACAUUUACAACAUUUGAUUAAGUCACAACACAAGGAACUGCUGGAGGAAACACGGGCAAAUGAGGUGGAGGGUGAAGUAGAAGAGGGUGUGACAAAAGAUGAGGAGGAAGAGGGUGAGGCCAAAGAUGAGGAGGAAGAGGAAGAGGGAGUGGUGUUAAGGGAUGAGGUGGAUGGGAGUGGUGAUGUUAGAAUGGGUGGGGUUGAAGAGAGUCAGGUUCGUGAGUUGGAGGAACACAAUGUUGAAUUGAGUUUGGGGCAAGAUAAUGUUGAGACUUUACCGGUGGAGAAAGAGCAAGCUGAAGGGGAACAAAUGAUGGAUUUUGAGCAGUCUAAAGAAGAAGAACCGGAGAUAUGGCUUUUGGGUCAAAAGAACUGUGUGGGGGAGCCCUCUUUGAGACGGUGUCAAAAAAGUGAGAUGAAGAGUUUGGACUAUGGCCAAGUGAAAGGGAAUGAGGGAGAAUACGAAGAAGAUCAUGAACAAGAGGAGGAUGAAGAUGCUGAAGAAGAUGAGCAUGAAGGUGGGUUCCAUUUGUCACCGAAGUAUCAUAUGGAUGGAAUGCCUUCUGCAAAUGGGAGUCCAAUUCAAUCAAUGGAAGCAGUGCAAAUGCCUUUUGGUUCUGGGAUUGAUCUUCGUGAUAACGUAGGAGAUUUCCUCUCUGCUAUGGAUGAUCCUCAGAUGAUUGCUGGCUCAUCACUUUUUGGUAACGGUCACAAGAGAGACAGUGGCUUGGAUAAUCAUAACUCUCAUCACACCCUAAAUGGCGGUAACAAGCGGCAGAGAAGCGAUAGCCCAUGGAGUUCUAAGCCACUUGACUUUGAAGGUUGCAUGGAACAGAUGGAACAUUGGAUGGGGAAAGCUAGGAUGAUGUAUGCAUCAAAAGAUCAGGCUGUUGAAGAAUCUGCAAUGAAUCAACAAAUCUUGCUUGAGGAGCUACAGAAGAGGGAUGAAGUGGUUAACCAUUUGCAUAAAGCAAAGAUUGAAGAGACUCAGAAAAGACAGGUGGAGGUAUAUCGGCUUGAGAAGGAACUUUACAUGAUGCAAAGCCUUGUGGAAGGCUACCGAAAAGCCUUGAAAGAAACACAAAAGGCUUUUGCUGACUAUAGAGCACGUUGUCCACAAGCUGAUGAGCCACUUUACAAGGAUGUUCCUGACUCUGGGGGGCUUGUUUUGAGUGUGAUGGAUCUGGAAAAGGAACGCCUGAAGAAGGAAGAAGAGGAAAGGGUAAAAUUGAGAGAAUUUUUUCGAGAUUUUGAAAAGAACUGUAAAGAUAUUGAAGAGGAGUGGAUGGGACAGAUGGGUAUCCUGAAAAGACAUCUAAGUAGAGUUGAAUCCCUGGGUGACAAGUUGCAGGCUCUUGAUGACAAAGUAAAACAAUUGAAGGAAGUGAAUGCAAAAUCCAAAAUUUCUGAUCCUCUUGAAAUUGCUCCACUAAGUGAAGCAGAAGCUGCUUAGUAAGGUUUAGCUUUUCCAUUAGUAUGCAAUUAAAAUCGGUCCACUAUAAGUUCAAGGCCCCAGUUUGUAUAUGUUUUAAUAUACAGGGCUUAUCUUAAAAACUGAGACUUAUAAGUAAGGUAAUGCUACUACAAUUGUGUGAGACCUAGUCACAAUUUGUGGUUAUUUACUUCCCUGUUUUGCAUCUCUACGCCAUUCUUAUUUAUCCUUAAGGUUUAUGUAAAAAAAAUAUUUAUCCUUAGGGUCCAACUAAAAUUUUCUGUUGUUUGCCAUAGAAAAAGUUGGUCCUAGUUUUACAUGGUAUGUUACUUUUUCUUGA